UGUUCAUUUCUAACGUUCUUAGCAUUGUUUGAAACCUUAUCAGUUUUUCAAACAGACACUAAAUAAGAAUGGCCAAGGAUGCUGUUUACGCAAAAGAUGGAACCAUAGAUUACCUGGGAAACCCAGCUAAGAAAAGGAAAACUGGAACCUGGACAGCCUGCUACUUCAUUUUAGGACAUGAAUUUUGUGAGAGAUUCACUUACUAUGGAAUGAGCACAAAUUUGGUGCUUUAUUUUAAGCAUCAACUGCAUCAGCAUAGUGCCACUGCUUCCAAGAAUGUUGCUGAUUGGGGUGGAACAUGCUACAUCACUCCAUUGAUUGGAGCACUUGUGGCUGAUGCCUAUCUUGGAAGAUACUUGACCAUCCUAUACCUUUCAGUAGUUUAUGUUAUUGGAAUGGCACUUUUGACAUUGUCUGCAUCAGUUCCUGGCCUAAAACCAACCUGCUAUGGAAAAGAUAAUUGCCAUGCCUCUCAUGGACAGAGUGCAGUGUGCUUUCUAUCUCUUUACCUUAUAGCUCUUGCCGCUGGAGGGAUCAAGCCUUGCAUUUCAUCAUUUGGUGCAGAUCAGUUUGAUGAUGCUGAUGAAGUUGAGAAGCAACACAAGAGCUCUUUCUUCAACUGGUUCUUUUUGUCAAUCAACACUGGAGGCCUUAUUGCUGCUUCUCUAAUGGUAUGGAUACAAGACAAUGUGAGUUGGGGAUGGGGUUUCGGCAUUCCAGCAUUGGCCAUGGCAGUUUCUGGGGUGAGUUUCUUUUCAGGUACGAGGUUGUAUAGAAAUCAGAAGCCAGGUGGAAGCCCCAUCACUAGAAUCUGUCAAGUGAUAGUGGCAUCCAUUAGAAAAUAUGAUGUUGAAGUACCUAAUGAUGAGUCUCUCUUGUAUGAGACUAAAGAUAAAGUGUCUGCAAUCCAAGGAAGCCGCAAGCUAGACCAUUCUAAUGGAUUAAGAUUCUUUGACAAAUCAGCAGUACCAGGAAAUUCAGAUAAUGUGAAGGACUCAGUCAACCCAUGGAGACUUUGCACUGUAACUCAAGUUGAAGAGCUGAAAUCUGUCAUAAGAUUGCUUCCAAUAUGGGUCACUGGUAUCAUAUUUGCUACUGUUUUUGGUCAAAUGAGCAACUACUUUGUCUUGCAAGGGGAAACCAUGGAUACUAAUGUGGGAAACUUGAAGUUUCAGAUCCCACCAGCUUCUGUUUACAUCUUUAACAACCUUGGUGUCAUCUUUUGGGUCCCAGUGUAUGAUAGGAUCAUUGUGCCAAUAGCUAGGAAGUUCACUGGCCAUAAAAAUGGCCUAACUCAACUCCAGAGAAUUGGCACUGGCCUCUUCAUAUCCAUAUUCUCUAUGUUAUAUGCAUCAACUCUGGAGACUGUAAGACUUGGGAUGGUUAAAAGACACAAAAUUUAUGAACUUAAGGAGGUUCCCAUGUCAAUUUUCUGGCAGGUGCCACCAUAUUUUAUUAUAGGUUGUGCUGAAGUGUUCACGUUCAUUGGACAGUUGGAGUUCUUCUAUGAGGAAGCCCCUGAUGCCAUGAGAAGUUUGUGUUCUGCUUUCUCACUCCUCACUAUUGGACUUGGACAAUGUUUGAGUUCUCUGCUUGUGACCAUUGUGAUAAAGGUUACUACUAGGAAUGGGAGUGCUGGUUGGUUACCUCACAAUUUAAAUUAUGGUCACCUUGAUUGGUUUUUCGGGCUAUUGACAGUGUUGAGUGUACUGAAUUUUGUUGUGUUCCUUGUAGUGUCUAAGUUUUACACAUAUAAAAGAUUGGUUGGAACUCUCAGUUGAAAACAAUUGUCCCAAUGGUGUUCAAAUUAUGCAGUUUCUAUAUUAUAUGUCCUUAUUGAAUAAGUCCCAACUAUUACUGCUUGCAAACAUGGCUACGUUCCGUAAAUAUUCCUAAUUAGUAUGUGAGGGUUAAGUUGGUAAGGACGGACCACUUCUCCUCAAAAAGUUGUAUGUUUAAUUUCCGCUGCCAAUAUAAAAAUUGUGUUUGUAAUCGACAUAUGGUACUAAAAGUAUGUUUUGA